AUGGACGCUAGAGAUUCUGAAAUUGAAGCUAAGCGUUCACAACUGCCCAAAUAUUCUGAGGAGAAUCCGCUUAUGGAACUUGAUGGAAACAUGGUGUUGACCGUUCAAGUUUAUAUUUCUGUAACGAUUAUUUGUGGCGUAACGGGAUUGAGAAGGCUACUCAAAUCCAUCAGUUUCCUUACGAAGCAGGGUGUGUAUUGCUUCAAAUCGAUUUCAUAUUUCAAAUUUUUUCGCCUUAAUGGAAGCGAGGAUCAGCUGUUUGGGAUCGCUGAGCUGUGGCGAGUUCUAUAUCUGAACGUGUUGGAGAGACUUAGUUUGAAGAACCACCGCGAGAAACGUAUUCCAGCCAAAUACGAGACCGCUGUUGAUGGAACGAAGUUCGGUGACAAUAUUGUAGCUGAAAAUCAGGAUAACAAUUAG